GCAUGCCACUUCAGUCUUAAACAAGAACACAAUUAUGGAGUCGACAAAGUGUACACGCUUUUGAAUGUUUGUCGGGACUUACAAGUCUAGUUGUCAGCCGGUUGAUGCAAGAUCUGCAUGUGCAUGGAAAAAAACGUCUCUCAAAGGAAUGGCUUGCAACUGUGAAUUUCCUUGAAAGAGCCGUUCAAAAGACUGGACUGGUUUGCCAAUGACACAUCUCUGUUAAAUUCACCGACAAUGUUCUGGCGUGGCCCCAAACAGGAAGAGGCUGCACCCAGGAAGAGAGGAUGAACUUGUCAAGUACACAUUUGAGGACUCCCAUCCCCAGCACAAGCAGUCUGAAGACUGAGUCCUCCUGGAUGGAUCUCAACCCGUCCCGCCUGUGACACAAUGGAGACCGCAGGCGGAACGCGUCCUCCGGAUGAGCCGGACGACACCCAGCUGGACUUCUUCCAUAAGCUGGGAUACUCCACGGCGCAGGUCACUGCCGUGCUGAAGAAGUUCGGCCCCGGCGUGGACACCGACAAAGUCCUGGGCGAGCUGGUUCGGAUGAGGGCCGACCUGCUGGCCGAGCGGGCGCCCGUGACCACCGUGUCUGUCCUGGUCACCAAAGGGGGCGGCCGGUACGCGGAACCCACCGUGAUGCUGCCGCUCGCUUCUUCUCCGAGCCAAGAGGAGGGCGGUGAGGAAGACGCGCUGAGGAAUAUUGUCAUAGAUGGGAGUAACGUGGCCAUGAGCCAUGGAAACAAGGAAGUGUUCUCUUGCUUGGGAAUCCAGUUGGCCGUGGACUUCUUCCUGCACCAAGGCCACACCAACGUCACCGUUUUUGUUCCCUCGUGGAGGAAAGAGCAGCCCAGGCCAGAUGUUCCAAUCUCAGAUCAGAGGAUUUUGGAGGAACUUGAGAAGAAGAAGCACCUGACGUUCACACCGUCGCGCCGCGUGGGGGGCAAGCGGGUGGUCUGCAACGACGACUUUUUCAUCGUGAAGAUGGCCUACGAUGAAGACGGCGUCAUCGUGUCCAACGACUUGUACCGCGACCUCAAGGCCGACAAGCCCGAGUGGAAGCGUUUCAUCGAGGCGAGGCUGCUCAUGUACACCUUCGUUAACGACAAGUUCAUGGUUCCUGAUGAUCCACUUGGCCGCCACGGUCCGAACCUUAAGAACUUUCUUCGGAAGUUUCCAAAGACGCAGAAAACCCCUCUAUGUCCUUAUGGAAGGAAGUGUACCUUCGGACUCAAAUGUAGGUUCCAGCAUCCUGAGCGGGCCAAGCAGUCGACUCUCUUGCUUGCCAACGAACUGCGGGAGAACACGAGGAAGCUCCCCCCGUGCAAAUCACUCGACAGCGGCCUGGCUCCCGGCGAGAGCCUCCUGCUCGUAGAAAGCAUGGCCAGGAAAUUGACACUGGGUCCCGAGAAGGGGCCCUUGAAGAAAGAAACCCAGGUUAAAGUGGCCCACUGCACAAGUUCUCAUAAGCAGCUGGACUCUGGCAUUGGUUCUAUAGACAGUCAGAAUGGAGCAAAAUCUGGGAGCUACCAGCCUAUACAUCAUGGCUCUGCUAGAUUAUCUCCAUGCCACUGCUGUCCACACGCCUCUUGGAGAUCUGUUCAUCAGAUGCCAGCUCGCCACGACAUGAUGCGUUCCGACUUGCCUCAUUACGCCACCUACGGAGGCCACCCUCUGAGCAUGGAGGCCCACGGCCACAGCGAUCACCUCCACAUGUACUGGACCGACCCGCUCAGGCACGGUGCGCCCGCCCACUCUUUCCCGGGCGCCCACUCGCCAAGGGAGCCUCGUCAGAGGCCGCCGUCCAACCCCGACUCGGAGGAGAGAAAGGUCAUGCGUAAAAAGCUCCUCGCCAUCUAUAGCGCGUACGUGGUGGACGCCGCCAUGGACAUGUUUCCGCAUGUGGUGGACCCGCAGAUGUUGGUGGCUGAGAUCGUCAUGAUGCAGAGUCACAAUAAGAUGAGAUGAGCUUUGUGUACAGUACACGCCAAACCUUUGGACACACCUUCUCAUUCAUGACUACCGUAUUUUCCGCACUAUAAGGCGCACCUAAAAACCUCACAUUUUCUCAAAAGCUGACAGUGCGCCUUAUAAUCCGGUGCGCCUUUAUAUAUGGACCAAUAUUGAGCCACAACAGGUCUCGCAACUACGGGAUGCAUAACGUAACCCCAGCCUCUACUGUAGCGUCUAUUCUAUGCGCCUUAUAAUGCGGUGCGCCUUAUACAUGAACAAAGUUUUAAAAUAGGCCAUUCAUUGAAGGUGCGCCUUAUAGUGCGGAAAAUACGGUAUUUACAUUGUAG